GACCCACACGCACACAAAAUGAGCCACAGGAGUAAUUCAACACGUCGGUUGCUCGUGAUGUCGCUUCUUCUGCUGUUGCUGUUGCACAGUCAAGUUGCUGAUGCUGCACUGCGUCUGCGUCACUCGAGUCGCUUGGCCAGCACAACGCCAACCACAACGCUUGCCACGACGACGACAACGACAACGGCUGCUGCUCUCGAUGCUGAAACCGAGCCCGCUUUGACGCCACCAGCCUCUGCCACAGAGGCAGAGUCAGCAGCCGAAGUUGCAACUCCUGAAGCCGCUUCCGUCUUCGUCUCCGCCUCAGAUCCUAGCAAUAACAAGCACAAACGUGGCAUUCUCCAUGGCGCCUCGCUUGCUGCCGGACAUUGGCCGGGACGCACCUAUGCCGCACAGUAUGGCUACAGCUUGCAACUGCCGGCGGCAAGCAGCUUCUAUGCCGCAGUGCCCGCUGCUGCCCAUCAUCGUCACCAUGGCUUUGUUAAGGUUCCCGCUGCCGCUCUCGGCGGCUUCCAUCUGAAGCAAUAUGCUCCGGUGCCCGCUGCUGCUGCUGCAGCUGCUGCCUUCCUGCCCACUGCUGUGGCAACGCCUGCUGCUGCUGCGCUGCCCGCUGUCUCCGCGUUGCCAGCCGCUGUUGGGGGCAUCGCCUCGGCUGUCGCUGCCUCGCCCUCGUUUGUGCUGCGUCCCGGGAACGCCGUUGUUUCCUCAUACAGCGUCAACUAUCCGCAUCAGCAUCUGCACCGACCCGUCAAGCCUGUGCACUUCCAUCACGCCGUGCAGCCCAGCUACGUGCCUUCUGUUACACCCCUUGCCCCUGGACUUCCCCUACAGCCAGUGCAACCAGUGCAGCCCCUUCAACCUCUACAACCAGUGCAGCCAAUUCAGCCAGUGCAACCUAUUCAACCCAUUCAACCCAUUCAGCCAGUGCAACCCGUGCAACCAGUGCAACCAGUUCAGCACGUGGCUAGCCUGCAACCCGGUCUGACCUUUACCGCUGUCAAUCCACCCGUUGCCGAGUUCCCCGUGGUGCCGCAAUUCCCCGUUGCCCCCCAUUUUCCCACCACCGCCACAGCUGUGCCCGUUGUGCCACAAUUUCCCGGCACCGCAGUAGCACCACAAUUGCCAGUGACACCCAGCUUUGUGCCUGCUGGAGCGCCACCAGCGCCCGAAGUGCCCGCCAUACCACAGAUUCCGCAAAUCCCAAGCAUUCCCCAAGUCCCGCAGAUACCCAGUAUUCCCAGUAUUCCCCAAGUGCCGCAGAUCCCCAGCAUUCCCCAAGUGCCGCAAAUACCGCAGAUACCUCAAAUUCCUGAGGUGCCCCAAGUGCCAGAGUUGCCACAAUUCCCACAGUUGCCACAAUUCCCACAGUUCCCCCAGUUCACAGUGCCGCAGUUCCCACAAUUCCCGCCGGUGCCGCAGUUCCCCCAAGCGCCCAGCACACCCGUCGUGCCCGCCACUCCGGCAUUGCCCGCCCAGCCCGCUCAGCCAGCCAGUCCCGGCACACCGCCACCGAGCAGUCAGUUCUUCCCGGCAGCGGUGCAACCGCCACUCCCCCAACAGCCACCCACAUUUGUGCAGCCCGAGGCACAGUUUCCGGGUGGCAUAGUCCCGCUGCCCGGCUCCUCGCCGGUCCAACCGGACUCUGGCACCGCAAUUGCCGCGCCACAGAUUCCCAACUCUCCCGAACCCGAGGCCGAGCAGCCGCUGCCCUCGCCAACGCCAACGCAACCACAGCAGCCCUGGAAACCGGUCUUCUAUCAGCCCCCAUCCACAGCCAGUCGGCCAUCGAUCACACUCCUGCCACCCUAUGGCAGCGCACCAGCUGAUGGUUAUUUGCCACCCGUUGGCGCACAGUCGGCGCAACUGAACUCAGGCAAUGGGGCUCAGGGUCAGGGCAUCUUUGAUCAGCUGAGCGACGCGGAGAUCGAGCACAUCUUUGCCCAGGCCAAUCUGGCGCAACAGCAGCACCAGCAGCAGCAUCAUCAUCAGCAUCAUCAUCACAGCAGCAGCUACCAACACUAUUGAAAGUGUGGAAUCUCUUUUUUCUA